AUGUCAGCAGCACUUGAUGAAAUUGAUCUGAAUUCCUUGCGGGUGAGUAUUCAUUUUCUGUUGGUUUUCAAAAAAUUAAUAUGAAACAAGAAACCCAUCGUUUAUUCUUUUUCAUUUUUGAAAAGUACACAUAUAGUCAUAAGGAAAGCUACUAAAAAGAGAAGAAAGAAAAAUGAGACUUUUCCAAGAAAACGAAAAAAAGAAAGAAGAAGAAAAAUGGCCGGAAUGCUGUUUUAUUAUCUUUUUUUCAAAAAGGGAUAUGCUAAUUUGAUUGGAACAUUUCUAUUUUCUUAAAUUUUCUGAAAAAAAACUGAAGUAAUCAAAUAUAUGGCAUUCCAGUUUUUUCAAAACGCAAGAUUGAGAUCUUCAGAAACAAAUUAGUUCAAGCACAGAUCAAGUUCCUGUCAAUAUUGUUUUUCAAUUUGAAUUUGAAUUUUUGAUUUGGUCCAUGGGGUGGUCUCAAAUCUCAUUGAUGUUUGGGUUACGGACCUGUUCUGCAUUUUAUUGGCUAAAUAUCAGAACAACAGCCACAAUUCUAUCUGAGAAUGCCAGUCUUGAACUUCAAUAGUUUCGAAAUUCAAAAUACCACUGGUUUUUCGGCAUCCCUUCAAAGUUUUUUUUCGAGUAAAUGUAUCCUCAAAAUUAACAGAAUAUUUUCAGAAAGUUUUGCAGUUGCUAUCUUUUAUCUCUUAUUAUGAAAUUUAUCAAUUCUCUUUUAUCUAACAGAACCUUCGCAAAAAAGUUCAGCUAAGAUUUACUCAUCAAAAAAGCUUCCAAACAAUUUCGCAAUGUCCAUCCAGCACAUCACAAAAAAAAGAGUACACUCUCUAAAAUAUAUAACAGCAACACAGAAAAAAAAGUUUUUGUGUAACACCAGAGGGACCAAUUGCUGAAAUAAAACAAUUCUUUUAUUUUUUUGCAGGAUCCCGCGGGAAUUUUCGAGCUUAUUGAAGUUGUUGGAAAUGGAACUUAUGGUCAAGUAUAUAAAGGAAGACAUGUGAAAACAGCUCAACUUGCUGCUAUCAAAAUUAUGAACAUAAAUGAGGAGGAAGAAGAUGAAAUUAAACUUGAGAUUAAUAUGUUGAAAAAAUACUCACAUCAUCGAAAUAUUGCAACUUAUUAUGGAGCGUUUAUCAAGAAAUUACCUUCUUCUACUGGUAAACAUGAUCAAUUAUGGUUGGUUAUGGAAUUUUGUGGAAGUGGUUCAGUUACGGAUCUUGUUAAAAAUAGUAAAGGAGCAACAUUGAAAGAAGAAUGGAUUGCUUAUAUUUGUAGAGAAAUUUUAAGGGUUCGUCAGUUUUUGAGAGUAAAUUAAACCAAAAUUCUUUAAUAUUCUAGGGUUUAUAUCAUUUGCAUCAAAACAAAGUCAUACAUCGUGAUAUCAAAGGUCAAAAUGUGUUAUUGACAGAUAGUGCUGAAGUCAAACUUGUUGACUUCGGUGUGUCUGCUCAAUUAGAUAAAACAGUUGGAAGAAGAAACACAUUUAUUGGAACACCAUAUUGGAUGGCUCCUGAAGUUAUUGCAUGCGAUGAGAAUCCGGAAGCAACAUAUGAUUCAAGAUCCGAUUUAUGGUCUUUAGGUAUGUAUUGGUAUUGAGGGGGGGGUAAAGGUAUUAUCCAAUUGUUCAAUAACAAACAAAUAUGGCAAAUUGUAACAUUUUCGGUGGGGGUCGAAAUGUUUAUUUUGUCAGUCAAUGUUAGUCAAAUAGAAGACAAUGUACUAAUGUUUUUAAACACACUCACACUCACUCGUUCACAAUUUUAAGAGGGGUUAUUUGAUUUCAGGUAUCACAUCACUUGAAAUGGCCGAAGGACAUCCGCCACUUUGUGAUAUGCAUCCGAUGCGAGCAUUGUUUUUGAUUCCAAGAAAUCCGCCACCAAGACUGAAACGAACCAAAAAAUGGAGUAAAAAGUUUGAAGGAUUCAUUGAAACAGUUUUGGUCAAAGAUUAUCAUCAAAGACCAUAUACAGAUCAAUUAUUGAGACAUCCAUUUAUCAGAGAACAACCACAAGAAAGAACAGUAAGAAUAUCAAUCAAAGAGCAUAUUGACAGAUAUAAACGGGUGAAUAGUAAAAAAGAUGAUACUGAUUAUGAAUAUUCGGGAAGUGAUGAAGAAGAAUCAUCAAAUCAACGAGGACCAUCAAUUGUUAAUCGCGAUGAUUCGGAAAGUUGUUCAAUGAUUCCAAUGGAUAACACUUUGAGAAAAGGUUUUCAACGAUUACAAGAAGCAUCAAGAGGUCUUCAAGAAUCUGGACCUCAGCAACUUCGCCGAUUACCAGCACAACCACCACUUAUCCCAUCUUCAUCUCAAUAUCGAUAUGCGCCAGAUUCUCGCCGUGAAGCUGAAGUCAAGCUUCGAGCUGUCGCUUCAUCUCGCGGUCCAGCUGAUGGUUCAAGACAAUCCCCAGCUUCAAGACAACGUCCAGUGUCUCAUCAUCAACGAUCUCCACAACAAUCUCAUCCAGCUGCUCCACAUUUAGCUGAUCUUGCAAAUUAUGAAAAACGGCGUAGAUCGGAAAGAGAAGAACGACGAGAAGCUCGUGAUAGAAGUAAGACUUUUGAAUACAGUAGCCUUGAGACUUAUAAAAAUCAUUUUAGGUCAACAUCACGCAGUUCCAGUUGCUCGAGUAUCAGCAAGUGUUCCUGCUCCACAACAAUCAAGAAAGAUGAGUGAACCACUUUUAAUCGGACAUCACGCAAAACCAGAAGAUUUGGAUGCCCUUGCUAGUGAAUUGAGCAAAAUUGGAAGUCAUCGAAAUGGAAGAUCUCGUGAAGAAAGUAUGAGUCCACCUCCACCAGCUCCGCCACCGCGAGAAGCUUCAAUUUCAACAAUUACUGACAGUGUUGAAGAUAUUAUGAAUGGUGAAGAUACUUUGCGAGGACCAAAUAAACCGUUGCCACCAACUCCAACAGAUGGUGAAAAUACAAUUUUGUCAGAAACUAGAAGAAAUGGGAACUCGAAUGGUAAUAAUAUUGAUCGAUCAAUCAUUAAAGCCAAAAGUAUUUCUGAAGUUCCUUCUGGAAUUAUUAAUCUUGACGAUGAUGAGCUCACUGACUCAGAUAAUGAAGAAGCAAAUGAACCACUCAUGUUCAAACCAAUUGUAAGUUUUAGAAUUGAACUUUCUAUUUGAUAUUUUAUAAUUGAUUUUACUUAUAGAAUGCAUCAAGUAGCCGUAGUGCACUUCCCGAUCUUCUUCCAAAAUCUCCACAACUUCGCCGAAACAUCAAUGAGCAACAAAGACAACUCAGCGAUGAACGAGGAGAUGAGGUAAGUAUAUUUUUUCUUGACAGAUAUUUUUGAAAAAAAACAACUAAAAUAUAGAGCGCAUCACUGUUUGGAAGUUUUUACGUAAGUAUAUUCGAAAAAGUUCUGUUGUGAAAUCCUUUUCAGUUUUAUUUAUCUAUCUGUGUUUGGUACAAAAACUUUUUUCUUGGUUUUUAUAGCAUGAAAUUUUCAAUAAAAAACCUCACCUUUGAUAAUUUCAGCAGCCAAAUGGAUCUUUUGCUCAAAACAUCGAACGUGCUGGUUCCAUAACCCAACCAUUCUCACAAAGAGAUCGCGAAAAAUCGUUUGUUGGAUAUUUUGGUGGAGGUGCUGCUGGAAAUGGAGGUGGAACUGUUAAUAGACCAGGACGUCCACAAGACACCAACCAAGUUCAAGUUAACGUGAAUCCAAAUUCAAAUGGAACUGCAAGUGAAAAUGAUGCUCCAGAGAUUCGAAAAUAUAAAAAGAAGUUCAGCGGUGAAAUUUUGUGCGCCGCAUUAUGGGGUGUUAAUUUAUUGAUUGGUACCGACAGCGGUUUGAUGUUGUUGGAUCGAUCCGGACAAGGAAAAGUAUAUCAGUUGAUCAAUAGACGACGAUUUGAUCAAAUGACCGUUUUGGAAGGUCAGAAUAUAUUAGUUACAAUUUCUGGAAGAAAACGAAGAAUUCGUGUUUAUUAUUUGAGCUGGCUCAGACAGAAAAUUUUGAGAACUGAGGUAAGAUCUUUGAAAUUUUGUAAAAUCAGGGGUUAGUUUGGAAUAGCUAUCCAAAUGAGAAAAAAAACAUAUGGCGGAAAUGAUGAAAUCUUCACAAAUUCUGUGUACUUCUCUUGAAGAACAUUUUCCAAGAGAAGUACACACACGUGUGUGUUUCGAAAUAUUCUCUCUGUUUUUCUCUUCCUGGUUUGAAGAAUUUUUAAAUUGUCUAAAAUAUCUUUCAAAUACCAAAUGAUGUCUGAAAAUUUUGCAUUCAAUUUUUUACAGGGUGCUGGCACCGCAAACACAACAGAAAAACGAAAUGGCUGGGUGAAUGUGGGUGAUCUUCAAGGUGCAAUUCAUUUCAAAAUUGUGCGAUAUGAACGCAUCAAAUUCCUUGUCGUUGGCCUCGAAUCUUCAAUUGAAAUCUACGCCUGGGCACCAAAACCCUAUCAUAAAUUCAUGAGUUUCAAAGUGAGUUUCCCUUCUUCGAACUUUUUCAAGACAUUCAAAUAUUUAUGAUUUUUAGUCGUUUGGAAGUUUGACUCAUGUGCCGCUUAUUGUCGACUUGACAGUUGAGGAAAAUGCAAGAUUGAAGGUUCUUUAUGGGUCUCAUGAGGGAUUCCACGCCAUUGAUUUAGACUCGGCCGCUGUUUAUGAUAUUUAUACACCAAAUAAUGUAUGUUUUUUUUGGAUAUGGUCUUUUUCUAUGCUAGAAAAAGGGGUUAACAAAAAAACGUGAGGAUUUUCAGACUGGACAACAACAAACCACACCACAUUGCAUUGUUGUACUUCCAAAUUCAAAUGGAAUGCAAUUAUUGUUAUGUUAUGAUAAUGAAGGAGUAUAUGUGAACACUUAUGGAAAAAUGACCAAAAAUGUUGUACUUCAGUGGGGUGAAAUGCCAAGUAGUGUUGGUGAGUUUUAUCUACAGUUAAAUUACACGGUCUUCUAGAGGGUGAAGUGAGAAAUACACAAAUUUGCAAUCUGGCAGUUUCCUAUUGAUUUUUAAUCACAGUCUUUUCAAUUAAAAAAAAAUAAUAAACGAAAUACUGCUAAAAAUGAAAAAAAAUGAAAAAUGUGAUAUGACCUUAAUCUAUUUGAUUUUCAGCGUAUAUCUCAACUGGUCAAAUCAUGGGUUGGGGUAACAAAGCGAUUGAAAUUCGCUCUGUCGAUACUGGUCAUUUGGAUGGUGUAUUUAUGCAUAAAAAAGCGCAAAAACUCAAAUUCCUGUGUGAGAGAAAUGAUAAGGUAAGUUUACUCGCUGCCAAACUUUCCCCUUAUUUUUAAUCUAAAAACGUUUUCUUUCAGGUGUUCUUCUCAUCGGCAAAAGGUGGAGGCUCUUGUCAAAUCUAUUUCAUGACUCUCAACAAACCAGGAUUAUCAAACUGGUAG